GACGGUUGGCAUCCGGUUGAGUAUUUCUCCCAAAAGGUGCCUCUCGUCAACACUCUCGACGACGCUAGGAAGAAAGAGCUACUUGCGYUCGUCACCGUUCUCAAACGGUGGYGCCACUUUCUUCUCGGYCGUCGGCGGUUCAAAUGGAAUACGGACAACAAUCCGUUGACCUUUUAUAAAACACAGGACACGGUCACUAGCACGAUUGGUCGAUGGAUGUAUUACAUCGACCAGUUCGAUUUGACCCGUGUCACAUUCCCGGUCCCGCCAAUCGAGUUGCGGACGCCCUCUCACGACGGCCCGACUUUUGUGUCAUUGUGACCACGGCAUUCGACCUCGAUGACGAUCUGCAGCAGCAUUUCGUCAAAGGCUACAAGUCCGAUCCGACUUACUCUACGCUUUACGYAGAGCUUUCAUCGGAUCACCCGCCGGCUAGCCAUUAUCGGAUUUCCGACGGGUUCCUUCUCCUUCACACGAGAGGAAAGGACUUGUUAGUUGUGCCCCAAGAUUGCAUCUUACGGACUCGUCUUCUCGGCGAAUUCCACGACGCACGACUUUCGGCACACCUUGGCGUGAACCGCACACUAGCACGCCUCCGCCAACGUUUUCACUGGCCCGACCUCCUUCACGACGUCACAAGGUACAUUGAGUCAUGUGCAGUUUGCCACCGUAACAAGGGUCGAUCUCGAGUCCCCUUCGGCGAACUGAAACCGUUGCCGAUCCUUCGGGCACCACGCCUCUCCAUUGCUAUGGACGUGAYAGGCCCGUUUCCCCGCGAUCGCCACGGCCAUGACGGUAUUCUCACGGUCGUUGACCGUUUGAGCAAGUAUGCUCGCUUCCUUCCUUGCAAGUAUCAUGCUGCAGCGCCUGAGCUCGCACGACUCUUGCACACCGGUUGGAUUACCAACCAAAGUGUUCCGGAAGACAUAGUGAGCGACCGAGAUACUCGUUUCAUAUCAGCCUUCUGGACUUCCCUCAUGGCUGAGUCCGGUACGACAAUGAAACCGAGCUCGGCUCGGCACCCGCAGACGGAUGGUCAGAUGGAGCGAGCGCACCAGACCGCUCAGAUGAUGUUGCGUACGCUCAUCCGUCCCGACCAGAAAGAUUGGGUUGACCGGAUUCCCGACAUUGAGUUCGCCUACAACACUUCGGUGCACCCGGCGAUCUGCGUCACACCAUUCGAGCUACAUCAUGGUGGAGAGAAAGCACGGAUCUUCACUGAUCUCCUUUUGCCACAAGCUGCCGACAUAGACGUCCCUUGCUCUCCCGCUUCCGUCCGGAAGUAUCGGGACUUGCUGAUCAAAGCCCGCGCAAAUAUGCAAAAGGGUCCUUCCUUCGUGAUCAACAUUCCACCGCACCURACAGUGCAUCGGGUCUUCCACGCAUCGAAGCUGGCCAUCUACACGCCACCUUCAGCUGACGAGUUCCCUGGACGUCGGUCACAGGAUCCGCCUUCUAUGGACGGACAUCAAGAAGUUGACCGACUCAUCACGCACCGCAAGUAUGGCAACAAGCCAAGGCAGUACAAAGUCGCAUUCAAGCAAUGUGCGCCUGAYGACACUCGGUGGAUCUCCAGUAGAGAUUUGCAGACUUCUGCACCCCUUAUCUUCGCCGACUAUGAGAAGCGACGCCUUGCUAAGGACGCAGCUCGUCCCGCCCGACCCACCCCGGUAUCGGACAGACAACUUCGCCCUCGCAGACACGCGUACCGGAAAGAGCACCUCGCCGUAUACAGCAGAAGAGGAGGCAAAGGCCGCCACCAUCCUCAAAGAGAGAAGGAGGCCAAGAAGAAGGCCCUGGUGGAGGAACAGGCGGCGAAGAUGAAGAAGAUUGAGGAGGAGAUGGCCAAAGAGAAAGAGAGGUUGAAGAAAGAAGAAGAGGAGAAGUUAAAAGCGGUAGAAGAGGAGGAAGAGAUAGAAGAAGAACCACUGGAAAGGAGAAGAAGGGAGCAAAGAGGGGAAUCCAGUCGAACAAGAGAUGACCAACUGGAGAAGAAGAUUAUAGAGUGGGUUGCGAAUUUAUCCCUCGGAGAAGAGGAAGAGGCGUUGAUUUACGUACCCAAGGAAGAACAGGAGGCGACCGUGAAGGAGUGGGAGGCGGAAGAAGACCCCCUCAAGCGGCAUGCCUUGGAGGAUGAGACGAGGAUGGAGUGGAAGCUACGGCUCAUGAGGGAGAGAAAAAGGAGAAUGGAAGCAGUGAGUCAGGCAGCCAAAGAGCUGGAGGAGGUAAGGAAGCAGAGAGACCAGAUGGCGACACAGGUGGAUCUCCUGGGGAAGGUGGAAAUCAUGGCAAGGAACAUCGAGCGCCUGACACAGGCCCAGGAAGAGCAAUAUCAGUUUAUUAGAAGUCAGGACAUUGCCCUGCGCUCGAUACGGCUGGGAUUCAGGGAGUUUGCAAGGGAGUUAGUGAUGCAGGUGGGCUCAGAAGUGAAGGCCCGUCUGGAGAGCACGGAGCGUUAUUGCACCGGCGCCAUAGAGGGCGCCAGGCUGGCCGCACCAAAGGGGGAAGAAGCACGCCCUCGUAGAGAGCCUGUUAAAGUCAAGUUUCGCGAUUCCUACAGCUGGAAGGAGGAGGAGAACUUCGACAAUUGGGAGGCCAACGUUAAAACGGCACUCAAGGGUGUUAUGGACGAGUUGGUCGUCGUUCCUGACCAUGGGGUCACUGAGACCCAACUGGUCAACCUCUUUUACCGCGCUAUGCCCGAGCAGUUACGCGGGCACUUCUUUGAAAAAAGCCAGCAACCUACCAUGACCUAUGAUGCACUCAGCAGGGAAGUGGUAGCGUUCGAAGCACGGUCUGCGUCAGUUUCCACUUUCUGGCACAAGGACCUGGAUAAGGGCAAAAAGUGGAAGGGUCGCACUAUCUCGGGGCAGAUCAAGACCAAGGAUCGUCUGCUCCUUACGUUAGAUGAGGGUAGUGUGGAAGAAGUUCCCUAUGACCAGAUAGAGUGGGGGCUAGAGGAGGAGGAGGACAGUAGCGCUGGUCAGGGGAGGACGCUGCUGUCGCGGCCGGAGGGAGGCCGCAAGGAAGAGGAGGAGGCCAGGGCCAAGGGGGCCGGGCCUGAGGUGGCCGUUUCCAGGGCGAUCAGGGGGUUGGCGGUAGAGGAGGAAACCGCCAAGCGGGAGGAAGGGGUCAAGGUCCCCAGCAAAACCGUUCUGGUAACCGUUCAUCUAAUAGGGAUCAGAAAACGUCUAAUGGAGGAGGGAAGCCGUCUAAUGGAGGCGUCGUCUUCUCCACCGAACACUCCUCCUUCUCCUCCCUCCUCUCCACCUCCGCAGCCUCCAGUUUCUCUGCAAGGUAAGGUAAGUACGGAACCGGAGAAGCCGAAAAGAAAAGAAAAAGUGAAGAUGAAAUUGCCAUUUACGUUUUGCAACAAGAAGGAUGAGAACUUGUUGCUCUGGAUCGCGGAAAUUCAGACAUACUGUAGCACGGCCCCUGUUGAACUUGAAUCCCAGGUUGCUUUCUCUACCUCUUGUCUUGGGGGGGAAGCUAAGGGAUGGGUAUUGGCUGAAGCUAACGCUGCAGGGUUUGAUGACAUUGGUGAAUGGGCUAGGACAUUGACCCUGAAGCAGUUCCUUGGCAAGAUCAAGGAAUGUUUCCUCGACAAGACAACGGCCAAUAAGGCCUUCGACCAGCUCACCACCAUUGGCCAGAGACAUUGGACCUCUGUGGAAGCUUUGUCUCGGGAAGUUGAUCGGUUGCUGCAGGUUCCUGGAUUGAACCUGCAAGAUAACCAAGUCUUGUAUAUCUAUUCCCGCGCUCUGCCCGAGCCCAUCCGUGGACAACUCGUGGCAGAAUCGAAAUCCGGAAAGUAUAGUUAUAGGCAGUUUCGCGAUUUGGCUAUCCAGCGAGAGCAAAUGACUUCACAGGUGAAGAACUCGUAUGCCUCUUAGUAAAGUAUGGCGGUGGAGGAGGCGCAGGCGUAGGUAAGCGGGUACUCUGGCGCCAAAAGCGU